UAACCCUACACCUAUCCCUAAACCUGACCCUCACAAAACCUUUUUACAUUUUCUUUAAAAUACGAUUUAGUAUGCUUUUCUUUUCCUUUUUAAAUCACUUUAUAAAGGUCUGUGUCACCCUUAUGUGGGGACAAAUAGUGAUGCUUCCAUAUCCAUUGCUACAGUUUUAAUAUUUGAUCACUGUAAAACUAUGCCACCAAAGCCAAUACCAUAAGAGAAGCUAAUAAUCAUAAAACAUUUUUAGAAUUAAUACAAUAACAAUUAUAAUAAUUAUAAAACGUAAUGAUAACAUGCUUGUAUUACGCAAAAUUACUGUGCAGACACACAAGACUGAAAAGCCAAUGGAGAGAAUGUAUGGCAAGGAAUUAAAAGAUGAAAAAGUCAAAAGAGUCACAACUAAAAAGAAAGUGAGAGAAUAUUCAUUAAUUAAAAUGCAGAAGGUUUAUUUGCCUGAACUUGUGUCUCAAUCAUCAAACAUUUGCUCUUACUGAUGAUGUCACUACAGGGUAAUAGGCCAUACCAGAGAGAGAGGGAGCAAGAGAGAGGGAGAAAGAAAGAGAUACGGGCACAGAAAGAGGGAGAGUGUAGGGUGUACUCUGUUUAUGACAGAACAAUCUGACAGAUAACGCAUCACUCAUAUUGGUCCAAAGUUCAGAUCAUACUCAGUGAAGCACACUGGCAUACAUAGUUCCCAGAGGCUUUAAAGAUCUCCCAAUCGUGGAAUAAGCAUCCCCACAUCCGAGAACUGUGUUCAGGGUAGGAGAGAGAUGGAUAUCCUGGAAACAAAUGCUUAUGAUCGCAGACAACGCAGGAACACGUCCUGUGUUUUAUUUCUUUAUCUCCUCCCAUUUUUCGCAUCCUGCACAAUAUAUUUCUAUUUGUGGAUCCCAGACUCCUCACCCUCGGUCCUGGCUGCUGGCAUAAAGGCCACCCCUAUCCUCUCUCUGGCUUUUCUGGUGUUCAGCUAUAAUGGAGGGCGGAGUCUAAUGGGCGUGGCUGGAGGAUUGCUGUUCUCAGUGGGCGGAGACUGCUGCCUUGUCUGGCCACAACUUUUUAUCCAUGGAAUGGGAUGCUUUACUCUGUGUCUUUCCUCUCCUCUCGAUAUUCUACCACAUCCUCCUCUUCCAUAUUCUUCAUCCUAUACCUCCUGCUCUGGUUGAUCGGCGGUGGAAUUUAUGCUUACUUGGUGCCGUUCC